AUGGAGGUGGAAGCAACAGGCCCGCGCCGCGCGCAGCAGCAACCAUGCAAGAACGGCAGCGCCAAGCAGCUCCCCAGAGACGCCGCUAAACCGCUCCGCCUCAACCCCCUCCUCGUCAUCAACUUCCUCCUCAUGGUCGUCGGCUCGGCGUUCGGCCCGCUCCUCCUCCGCGCCUACUUCCUCCACGGCGGGACCCGUAAGUGGCUCUCCAGCCUGCUCCAGACCGCCGGGUGGCCGCUCCUGCUCGCGCCGCUCAGCGCCUCCUUCCUCUCCCGUCGCCGGAGUCACAAAGACCGCGGCUCUGUCGCGCCGCUCUUCCUCAUGUCGCCCCGCCUCCUGGCCGCGACCGUCGCCGUCGGCUUCAUGACCGGCCUCGACGACCUCCUCUACGCCUACGGGCUGGCCUACCUCCCGGUGUCCACCUCCUCCAUCCUCAUCUCCACGCAGCUGGCCUUCACGGCCGCCUUCGCGCUGCUGCUCGUGCGCCAGCGGUUCACGGCCUUCUCCGUGAACGCCGUGGUGCUGCUCAGCGUCGGCGCCGCCAUGCUGGGGAUGAACGCCGGAGGUGACCGCCCCGCGGGGGUGACGCGGGCGCAGUACUCCGCCGGGUUCGGCAUGACGCUGGGCGCCGCGGCGCUCUACGGCCUCAUGCUGCCCGUCAUGGAGCUCAGCCAAGCGAAGCACGCGGCGAGGACCGGCGCGGCCGUCACGUACACCCUCGUCAUGGAGAUGCAGAUCGUCAUCGGGUUCACCGCCACGGCCUUCAGUGCGGUCGGGAUGCUUGUGAACAACGAUUUCCACGCUAUCCCAAGAGAAGCCCGGGAGUUCGGGCUCGGCCAGAUUGGCUACUACCUACUGCUGGCCGCCUCGGCCAUUGUGUACCAGUUCUUCUUCCUCGGCACCAUUGGUGCCAUCUUCUAUGGCUCAGCGCUGCUCGCCGGUGUCAUCAUGACCGUGCUCAUCCCAGUGACUGAGGUGCUUGCUGUCCUAUUCUUCCAUGAGCCAUUCAACGGUACCAAAGGUGUCGCCCUCGCGCUAUCCCUCUGGGGCUUCGUCUCCUACUUAUAUGGAGAGAUCCGAGCCAAGGCGCAACACUCUGACAAACCAUUGAAUACGGAGCAUUUGGACCCUUAGAUGAUCAUACAUGCAUGUAUUCAAUAUGAUAUUCCUAUAUUGAACUACGAAUUACUUUGUUGCCAAAAAACUGAUAUCUGGUAAAAUAUUAUUGUAUAGGCCUAUAUGUUUGCUUGAUGUGAUUUCUAAAUGGAUCACUAAGGUAGUAAAUAAUAGAACUAUUAGUCCGGCACAUAAAGUGGUUGCUCCAGUUCAAACGACCUUUAUUAAAGGCA